AUAUGAUGGCCUUAGGGAAGUCCUGCUUGCUCUUCUGAAAAAUACAGAUACCCGAGAAUGUGUUCUUGAGUAUCUUGCAGAGUUGAUCAAGAGGAAUGCAUCGAGGUCUCAUAUACAGGUGGAUCCACUAUCUUGUGCAAGUUCUGGCAUGUUUUUCAAUUUUAGUGCAGUCAUGCUUCAGCUGUGUGAGCCCUUUCUAGAUGCAAAUCUAACAAAAAGAGACAAAAUUGACCCAAAGUAUGUGUUUUAUAAUAGCCGGUUGGAUUUAAGAGGGUUGACAGCUCUCCAUGCAUCAUCCGAGGAGGUUGCAGCAUGGAUUGGCAAAGAUAAUUGUGAGAAAAUUGAUGGACUUAGUCAUAGAAGUGAUGAAGAGAAUCGAUUAUUACAGUCUCAAGAAGCUACAAGCUCUGGCAAUAGUACAAGUUCUGUUCUUUCUAAAGCGAAGCCACUUUCUAGUUGUGGUGUAAAGAAUAAGUACCCAUUUAUUUGUGAAUGUUUCUUCAUGACUGCACGGGUGCUCAAUUUGGGGCUUCUGAAAGCAUUUUCAGACUUCAAUCAUCUAGAUCAGGUAAGGAUACAGGCUAUGAACAAAUGA